AUGAAUGGUAAGGCAGAGGAUAGGAUCAGCAACUUACCCGACUCACUUCUUCACCAUAUACUAUCAUUGCUUCCAACCAGACUUGUUGCCCGCACUAGCAUAUUAUCUCGCAGAUGGAAGUACAUAUGGACCUCUAUCCCCAUCCUUCGAUUUCGAUAUGAUAAAGAUAGCUCUGACCCCAUAUCCCCAACCUUCAUUGAUUAUGUGGAUGGGACACUGCAUCGUCGUUGUUUCUCAGAUAAUGAUAUACACAAAUUCUAUCUCAGAUCAUCUCACCAUUUGAAUGAGUCUCGUGUAAAUACCUGGAUCUCCAAUGUAAUGAGCCGUAAUGUCAAAGAUUUCGGUUUAGUCUUGGAGCAAAACGAUUCGUCGUGUAUUCCCCAAUCCCUUUUUGCUUGUGCAUCACUCACAUCAUUGCUACUAAGAGUUCUUCGUGAUAUAGAUUUUCCUGAAUAUAUCUCAUUUCCAAGACUCAAACACCUUCGACUUGAAGGUAUUAAGUUUAGCAAUGAUUGCUGGAAUGAGAAAUUUUUCUCAAAUUGCCCCGUUCUUGAAGAUUUGGCUCUGCUACACUGCAGAUUUCUUACGUCGAUAUUUUGUAUUUCAAUUCCUACACUUAAAACUCUGAGGAUUAUUGCUCAGCUUAGUAUACAUGACUGUACUCUCAAAAUUCAUGCGCCAAGUCUUUUGACUUUAAUCUAUACGGGGAAUGUCGCAAAAGAAUAUGUCUUCUCAAGUCUUGAUACACUAGUGGAAGCAGUUUGUCAUAUCCCUAUGAUCUAUGUUCUUAGGGGCAGCCCUGUAUGGGUGCCUUUAGUUAAACGUGUGCUUCACACGUGA